AUGCAUCGACAAAUUUAGUCAGAUACACAAAAACCCUUUUAUCUUGCUUCGGGUCUGCAAGAUAAAGGCACUAGGGGUGCGGACAAACGUCGUCGCCGUUUUCGGCGCAGGCGACGAAGGAGUCGAAAGGGCACCUUACCAUAUGACGCUUCAUUUAGUCAUGAACGAUAUCUUCAACAGUUGAAACGAAUAGUUGAACGUCAGAAGAAUCUUCAGACAAAGCUGGCCAUGCUGUCACACAAACAACAGAACAUUCUUGAACGCGUGAUAGGGUCAAAAGACAUGAAACUACUCUCAAGAAGCCGACGUAGCGUCGAUCAGAGUCUGAAGACUCUCCAGGAAGUGGAUGAGGAGGAUCGAGUCAGUGCAGCUGAGGCUGAUCAACCAAAACGGCGCGUUCGACGGGCUGCGACGGCGUACAAGUCAAGGACUUGGCCCUACGGCGUCAUCCCAUAUGUAAUACAGGCGAACUUUACUAUCAUCGGUGGCGUGCAAAUACGUUUCUCUAGCAUGGAUGAAAUGGAUCUAGGAUGUUCAUCUUCAAGAGCUUUAUUGGAUGUGGAGAUGUUCAGACAGAUGACUGCUGUCGACAAUCUCUUCUUUUAA